AUAAGUGGCUCAAACCGCGUUUACAUUUUGAUCACAUUUGCAAUAUUCCCUACUUCUAUAAAAUCAUUGAAUGCCACAGCGGUUUUGCAAUCGCUGAUAAAUCAUGCAUUGGUGGCAGCUGCGCUUUUCGUCUACGACAAAGUCGCAAGCCGCCGGCGACAUUCUCAUCACCGGCGCAGAGUCGGCGACAGCUGGAUCCUUCUCAUCGCGGCGGAAAUUGCGGCAAAACGAGUGGCCGUCGCGGUCAAGGUCAUCGUCGGCAUUAGCUCAGCCGCUGCCCCUGCCGGAACUAGUCCCCUCCCGCUGCCACAAAGUGCCGCUGCCCUCGCCGUCGCCGGGCAAGUGCAGUGAGGAGAGAGAGAGGCGGACGGCUGAGGCGCAUGGACUCGAUCACCACCUCAAAAGAUUAGUAUGUGAUAAUACACGGACAAGUGCAGAAGAGGCUGAAGUUGGGUUAUCUAGAAAGUCAGCAGUGAAGCAAUAUGAAUAUGCCGAAGAGAGUAUUUUGAUGAGUGCUCCAACUAGCCCUGUAUCCAGUCCCCCACCUACUGAUAUUUACAUCACACCCCUUGCUGUUUUCCAUGCUCGCUCCGUGCCAGAGAUUCCCCAUUCCAAUGGAAAUACUCAACUAAGUUAUCACCAUCGAAUGCAUUCCAAUAAAAUUUUUGCUUUACGUGUUGAGGAUAAGAUAUCUUCGGAAAGCAUUUCUCAUGCCAAUGUACAUACUUUACCUCUCCCUCCAGGGGCUGACAUGCCCACUCCAACUUCUUCCACAUCUCAUCUUUCAGGACCUACCACUCCUGGAGUUAAACACUCCUCUCCUGUCUCUCAGCUUGUAGCUAAACCUCAACUAAUAUCUCAAUGGCAGAAAGGGAAGCUCAUUGGGAGGGGCACAUUUGGAAGUGUGUAUGUUGCUUCCAACAGGGAGACUGGAGCUUUAUGUGCAAUGAAGGAGGUUGAGGUAUUAGCAGAGGAUGUAAAAUCUCGAGAAAGUAUGAGGCAGCUAGAACAGGAAAUUAAAGUUCUCAGCAAGCUAAAGCAUCCAAAUAUUGUGCAGUAUUACGGCAGUGAAGUUGUAUGUACUUUCCUUCAUGAAGUUCCACUGUCUCUGCGUGGAUGGCCAUUCAGAAUCUCACUUUCUCUGCUCAUGCAGGUUGGCAACAAGUUUUAUAUAUACCUGGAAUAUGUUCAUCCUGGUUCAAUCAACAAGUUUAUCCAUGACCAUUGUGCAGCUAUCACGGAAUCUGUAAUUCGCAAUUUUACUCGGCAUAUUCUAUGUGGGUUGGCUUAUUUGCAUAGCACAAAAACCAUACACAGGGACAUCAAGGGUGAUAAUUUACUUGUUGAUGCACAUGGAGUUGUCAAGCUUGCUGACUUUGGCUUGGCUAAACAUGUGGAUGGGGAAGCGACAAAUCUAUCAUUGAAGGGUAGUCCAUAUUGGAUGGCUCCAGAGCUCUUGCAGCCAAAAGAUGCUAGUGCUGAUCUUGGUUUAGCAAUAGAUAUAUGGAGUUUGGGGUGUACCAUAAUUCAAAUGAUCAAUGGAAAGCCCCCUUGGAGCGACUACGAAGGGGCUGCAGCAUUGUUCAAGGUCUUGAAGGAGAGUCCACCAAUACCUGAAACGCUGUCAGCAGAGGGCAAGGAUUUCUUGCAGUGCUGCUUCCGCCGGAAUCCUGCAGACAGACCUACAGCUAUCAAACUACUAGACCAUCCAUUUGUCGAUUGCUCCACUCACUUACACAGAUACUUGUGAGAUAUGCUCGCUUCUUAUACAUAACAUGAGCUGUGCAUGCAUGAUGGUUAGAUGUGGUCACAGUCAUAACCAAUUCUUGAGUUAGUAAUUAGGAGGAUUAGCUGUCAACUUAAUCUUGAGUUAGUUGGAGUUAUGAUAGAGUAUUAGAGUUUAUAUAUCUUCUUCCUCACCUGCACUCGGUUAGAUUCUGAGUGUACUGAGCUAAGUGAGUGGAGCUAAGCGCAGUCUUGUUUCUUGGAGCUCGAAGCUUAUUUCUUGUAACUGUCACUACUAUCAUCAUCAAUAAAAUUUGUGCUAUCUUUCGUGGACAUAGGCAUUCUUGCUGAACCACGUAAAA